CAAAAACAGGCUCAGGUAAAACUGCAGCAUUUGCUUUACCGAUUUUACAAAAAUUAUCGGAGGACCCAUUUGGUGUAUUUGCACUUAUUUUAACUCCAACGAGGGAAUUGGCUUUUCAAAUUGCUGAUCAAUUUCGAGUACUUGGUAAAGGUAUAAACCUUAAAGAAUGUGUUGUUGUUGGAGGACUUGAUAUGAUGAGUCAGGCAAUACAAUUAUCUAGGAAACCACAUGUGGUAAUAGCGACACCUGGUCGACUUGUAGAUCAUAUCAAUAGUAGCGCAAUCGCAUCUUGUUUAGGGAGAAUAAGAUUUUUGGUUCUUGAUGAAGCGGAUCGUUUGUUAUCUGAUACAUUUGUGGAAGAUCUUGCAGUUAUAUUUGAUACUAUACCAAAAGAACGCCAGUCUUUGUUAUUUACGGCGACGAUGACUGAAAAUAUUAUGCAGUUACAAGACACGCAAGAAGAUUCUAACAAAAAACCCUUUGUUUAUCAAGUGAAAUCGGACAUGUCGACAGUAUCGUCCUUAUUGCAAUAUUAUGUAUUGAUUCCAUCACACAUACGUGAACCUUAUCUAACUCAUCUUCUUCGAUCUGAGAAACUUUCAAAUAAAUCCACUAUCAUAUUCUGUGGACGAUGUCGUACUGCUGAACUCUUGCGUGUUAUGCUCGUGGAAUUGGAUAUUCGUUGUACAAGUUUACACUCGACAAUGAGUCAACAAGAAAGGUUAAAUAGUUUGGGUAAAUUCAAGGCAGAAGUAGUGAAAGUGUUGAUCGCUACUGACGUUGGUAGUCGUGGUCUUGAUAUUCCGACUGUGCAAGUCGUUAUUAACUUUGAUGUCCCACGUGAUCCCACAGAUUACAUUCAUCGAGUCGGUCGUACCGCAAGAGCUGGUCGAGGCGGUACGGCUUUGUCAAUUGUAACCGAACGCGAUAUUGAACUUGUACGAAAUAUUGAAACAAAAAUAAAUAAAAAAAUGGAAGAAUGGGAAAUUAACGAGAAUAAAGUAUUGGAAAGUUUGAAUGAAAUUGCAACCGCAAAACGUGUCGCUACGAUGCAUUUGCAUGAUACCAAUUUUGGGGCUUCAAAAGAAAUUCAAAAAAAGAAGCGUAAUAUUUUAGAAGCUGAGAAUACCCAAGAUAAUCAAAUAUUAAUAUGA